CACAAACCGCGAAUAGUGACAAAGGAUUUUUCUUAAUGAUAGAAGGAAGUCGAAUUGAUAUGGCCGCCCAUUCGAACGAUCCUGGCACACAUGUUCAUGAAGUUUUGGCCUAUUAUGAGGCAGUUAAAGUUGUUCGUAAAUACGUUGAUGAUCACCCUGGCACCGUUAUGAUUUCAGUUAGCGAUCAUGAGACUGGUGGUUUGUCUCUCGCUCGUCAGAUCAAUUCCACUUAUCCACAAUAUUUGUGGUACCCUGAUGUAAUUACUCGUAUAAAGAAUUCUUCAUACGCACUUGCAGUUCAGCUUGCCGAUUAUUGGAAGGCUGAUCGCUUGAAUUUCAUAAAUGAAACUAUACUCCGUGGAAGCUUGGGGAUUGAUGAUUUUACCAAUGAAGAAGUAACCUUUCUGAAUGAAAACCAAACGCUGCAAUCUUAUGAAUAUUAUUUGGCCAACUUAACUAGCUGGAGAGCACAGAUAGGGUGGGCCACUCAUGGUCAUUCGGCCGUCGACGUGAACCUCUAUGCCCGGGGGAAGGACACCGAAAAGUUACGUGGAAAUCAUGAGAACACUUAUAUCGGUGAAUUCAUAAAGGACUAUCUUGGUUUGGAUCUGGACAGCAUCACCUUAAAACUAAAUAGUGAUAAUGCUUCUUUCCACCUUUCUAGUCCAAACAUCACCAGUUUCAAUGCCGAUCAUCUGGCUCAUUACCAUCAUCUUCAUUGA